AAGCGCAAGAUAAGCCAUUUUUAGACUUCUAGCGCACUCGCUCCAGUCCAGGCUCAGGCAGGGCUUCCUCAUCCUCUCUUAUCCUCCUCUUCCGCGGUCACACUUCACAUCUCUGUCUUCUUCUACAUCCCGCCUCGAUCUGGAUCGACAAGUUGUCGUGCAGAGAUUAGCCCUGCAAUGGCCAGCGUUGGCGGCGAUGCCAAGAAGAGCCUGACGCAGUGGCUCAGGGAGAAAGGGUUCGACGAGGAGGCCAUCGGGCGCAUGUCGAAGCGGUGCAGGAACCUGCCGAACCUCGACGCUGGCGAGGCCUCCGGGGUCUGGGACUACCUCCUCAACGACGUCAAGAUCGAGCAGCGGAAGCUGCGGUAUGUGGUGACCAAGUGCCCCAAGGUGCUCACCAUGUCCGUCAAUGACAAGCUCGUCCCCACGGUCCAGUGCCUCACCACGCUGCAGGCCAAGCCCGGGGAGAUCGCGCAGGCCAUCGUCAAGUUCCCGCCGAUACUGUUCCACAGCGUGGAGGAGAAGCUCUGCCCUCUCCUCGCCUUCUUCCAGACGCUGGCCAUCUCCGAGAAGCAGCUUGCCAAGCUGCUCAUGGUCAACCCGCGCCUCAUCAGCUACAGCAUCCAGGCCAAGUUCUCCCAGACGGUCGACUUCCUCGUCGGCCUUGGCAUCGACAGGGAGGUCAUGAUCGGCAAGAUCCUGACCAAGGAGCCAUACAUCAUGGGAUACAGCAUCGAUAAAAGGCUGCGCCCUACUGCCGAGUUCCUCAAGUCCGCAGUCGGGUUGCAGGGGUCAUAUCUCCAGAGGGUCAUCAUGAAUUUCCCUAGCAUACUGUCACGAGACGUCGACAAGACUCUGCGGCCCAAUUUGGUGUUCCUGCAGAGCGCUGGAUUCAGCAAGGAUCAGAUCAUGAAAUUGGUGGCUGGAUACCCUCCUGUUCUCAUCAAGAGUAUCAAGCAUUGCUUGGAGCCAAGGGUGAAGUUCCUGGUUGAAGAAAUGGGGCGGGACAAGGGCGAGGUGGUAGAUUACCCCCAAUUCUUUCACCAUGGUCUCAAGAGGAGCCUGGAGUACCGUCACAAGAUACUCAAGCAGAUGAAUUCAAGGUGCAGUCUCAGUGAGAUGCUCGACUGUAAUCAGAAGAAGUUUGCCAUGAAAUUUGGUUUGAUCCCAGUAGCUUAGGGCCUGGUCUUCUUGUCUCUUCAGUUCCCAUGUAGCAUGUUUUAUAUUCAGGUGAAUGUUUUAUUUUUGUACCAUUGGCCGUGUUGUUUCUUGAACAUUUUGGGCAUUGAGAAUCCAAGCAUUUUGCUUUAACUAGA